AUGAUCCGCAUACGUCAGCCAAAGCUCUCCAAAUUGAUCAGCGUAUUGAGCGCUAUCAUCCCCCUCCUUGUUUUGGUUGCCAUCUACAGGAGAGCAACACCAACACGGCUCAAUAUAAGAGAUGUGGAUCCCCGCGUAAGAGAGCGAUUUCACGAUUGGAAGCAAUGCAUUGAGAAGGAGCUCACGUAUUUGAAUGAUUCUGACAUCCUAUGGCUAGAGUUUUGGAAAGGAAUAAAGUUGUGCGAAACUCUGCCCUCCAUGCAACAGUUGGUAAUUGGAAAUUUCCAGAACCGUGAUGACACAAAGCGUCAUAUCGUUUCAUUGCAGAACACACCAAGCAUAGUUGUGAGUUUGGGUAUCGGGCACGAUACAGCCGCCGAGGAAGCCCUACAAAAGGUGUUGCCAGAAGGAUCUCAAUUCUACGGAGCGGAUCCUAUGCGCGAAGUCAAUGAAGAGCUCUAUUCAAAAUUUGGCACAUUUCUUCCGUUUGCAGUUGGUGCUAAGUCGGGAAUUACAUCAGCGAAAGUCCUCAUUAAUAACGAGUACGUAGAACGCAGUGUAAUCCAGAUCGAAUUAAUUUAUCUCCUCACCGAAAUCAUAGGCCACAAAGUGUACGAUAACCUGUGGAUUGACACAGAAGGUGCGGAGUAUGAUUUGUUCUCCUAUUUCUUUCGAGAUGGCAAAUUGGAUCAGCAUGGAAUUACAAUCUGCCAAUUCAAUAUGGAGGUGACUUUUGGACAGGAAGAACCUACAAUACAAGAUUUUGGCAAAAGUUAUGACGUAUACUGUAACCUACUCAUUAGCGAAAGUGGAAACAAAACGUCGAACGCUCUUAUGGCUAAGAGUGCAUGUUGGGAGAGGAAAAUUAGCUAG